AUGGCAGAGAAUUCAUCUAACGAAACAAAACCCAUCAAAGUGAACAAAUGGGAAGGUACUGCGUUGAAAAAUGCACUUGAUGAUGCUUGUAAAAAAUAUUUCAAAGAUGAUCUGAAUUAUGUUGAAGAUUAUAAGUUGGUUGAUGGCCGUUUAUCUAUAUCAUUUAUUGCUGUUCUAUUUUCUGCUUUUGCCUAUUUUAUAUUGAUUGGUAUUUUAACGUUAUACAUGCAAUUUGUAGAGUGUGGAAAAUUUUUUGUUGGAAAAUUAAUUGAGAGAGCUGGGAUUGAUCGUGCAUCACGUUGUACAUUAAGUUCAAAAUUGAAAAAAUACGAUGAUAAUUAUCAAUUAACCAUCAACUAUUUCGAUGGAUUAGCAAAUGUGUCUCACUCAAAAACGUUAGCCAAAUCUGUUGGAAAAUAUUUUGAUGAAAAUGGUGUACUUUGUUAUGACAAAUUUUGUACGGAUUUGAAAAAGCUUCAUGAUGACAAGCAAGAUACUACAGGAUUACAAGCAAGAAAAAGACAUGUUCGUAAACUUGGACGACGUUAUCAACGUUAUAUAACUGCGAGAAAUGCACUAGAACAAAAAGAAGAUGAUCCAAAAGAUAUUUGGGACAGAAUUAUUCGAUUGUCUGAUGUUACCAUAGCAAUGGCCAUUGAUUCAGCUGGAAAUGACAUAUUUCCUCUACACGGACUCAAUAAUGCAAUGAGAACUGAUUUAAAUACGCAUUGUCGUGACUAUAUUGAAAUGGCUAUUGAUUUUGCUCAGAAUAUCGAUCCAACAGAUAUAAUUAAACUCUUACGAAUUCGCAGUCAAGAUCGUGAAGCAAUCAUUACGAUAGAUGAAGGAACGAUAUUCAUUUUUAUUCAAAUGUUUCCAAAGGAAGAUAAUGCAACAAUCGCUAGUAAAUGUCCAAAACCGAUAAUCGAAUCACAUCCGAAGUAUAUUAAUAGUAGAGCAAAUCAUGCAACAACAAGCGAUUCGUUAUGGAUAUGGUUUAGCAGUAUGUUUGCAGCAAAUAACGAAAAACCUGUUUCGAUAGUGUGCGAAACAUUUGAAAUUCAUGCUAAUCCACGUACGGCAUUUAUUCUCAUCAAGACAGUGUGUCUCGUUGGUUUAACACUAAAAUUGGUAUCAAGCCUGAAAGCUCUACCGACAUUAACUCGUACAUAUAGUAAGCAAAAACGAACAAUAGAUUUAGGACAUCGUAGUAAAUUACUGAACAGUUCUGAUUAA